UACUGCUAAUUUAAUUGCCCGCAUUUAAUUUUAAAAGUUGCUUCGAUUAUAUACAUAGAAAAUAUAAGGGAAACAAGAAGAUUUAGGUAAGCACAGAAUUGUAUCUCCUCCGGUAUUGUCAGUGACAAUUUGUCACUCCUCGUGUUGCUUACGCGGUCAGUGCUGUAGUGUAUGUAUGUGGAAGGGGUGUCGUUGUUCAUUCAUGCGAUAUAGCGUACGAAGUUGUGUUUACGAAAAGAAGUCGCACGCCGUGUGGACUGUGGAGCUAUCGCUUAACAGAAAUUAUAAGAAAGCGACAAAUAUAAGAGGAAUUUAACAAACUUUGACUCGCAUUUAAUUCGUAUAUUCACGAGAAAUGGAUGACGAAGCGGAAACGUAUAAAUUGUGGCGAAUAAGAAAAACGGUGAUGCAAUUGUGUCACGAUCGAGGUUAUCUCGUCACACAAGACGAAUUGGAUCAAACGUUGGAGCAAUUCAAGGAACAAUUCGGUGAUAAACCGAGCGAAAAGAGACCGGCUCGUGGUGAUCUUAUAGUUUUAGUCGCCCACAAUGAUGAUCCAACAGAUCAGCUCUUCGUAUUUUUUCCGGAUGAACCGAAAAUUGGUAUCAAAACCAUCAAGACGUACUGUCAGCGUAUGCAAGAAGAAAAAAUUCAUAGGGCAAUCAUCGUUGUACAGCAGGGAAUGACACCAUCAGCUAAACAGUCACUAGUAGAUAUGGCACCAAAAUAUAUUUUAGAACAGUUUCUGGAAUCUGAAUUGCUUAUCAACAUCACGGAGCAUGAAUUGGUACCUGAGCAUAUUGUGCUGACUCCUGAUGAGAAAGAAGAAUUACUUACCAGGUACAAAUUAAAAGAGAAUCAAUUAAUGCGUAUACAAGCUGGCGAUCCAGUUGCACGGUAUUUCGGUUUGAAACGUGGUCAAGUAGUAAAAAUUAUUAGACCCUCUGAAACUGCUGGAAGAUACAUCUCUUACAGGCUUGUUUGUUGAUGUAAGUUUUCAUAUCAUUGACCCUGCUCCAAAAAUUGUGCUAUACGUUAUUCUAGAAAUAAAGUAUUUACGUAAUUUUUA